UGUUCCCUACUCCCAGCAUCGCACUCACCGGCUCGGAGCUUUCCACAGAGCCGAGCAGGAGUGCACCGCGACGGGGAACGACGGCCUUUUAGUUCGCGCUGAUACUCAGAGCAGGGGGUGCGCGUGAAUCCUGGCUGGUUUCGGGUUUCCUCUCAGAGUCCCCCCCCCCUCCCCGAGCAUGAGAAGCCUGCUCGCUGUCAGACCGCGCUGCGUGAUGCAGACCGGAGUCCGAGAAGAGUUGACGGUCUCCUGCUCUCCCCGCUCACCUGCUGCUCUCUCGGGCCGCCAAAAGUCGCGAUGUUAACAAUUUAUCCAUUUGGUUUUUUGUGUGCCUUUACUCGGUCUCGGUGCACCAGACUGCGCAUUACCCGGGACUGUUAAGUGUUUUUUUUUAAUUUCAUUUCACAGGACUAUCUGACGCUGGACGAUGAUUGUUCGGCUGUAAAGUGACACGAACAUUUGCCGAAGUCACCUGGCGUCGCCGUCUAAUUGGCUGUCUGCGCGUGCACGUGAUGGCCAAUAACAACGAGCUACAAAGCGAUCCGGGCGGGCUGCCUGUGCUCCAGCAGCUCGGUCUGGACCAAAACUCUGACUUGUCUGACUCCAGCGUGCAGCAGUGCCUGGACGAGCACCGCGAGAGGAUCCGCAGGGAGAUUCGCCGGGAGCUGAAGAUCAAGGAGGGGGCCGAGAACCUCCGCCGGGCCACUACCGACAAGAGGAACGCCCAGCAGGUGGACUCACAGCUCCGCAGCUCCACGCGCAAGCUGGAGUCCCUCCACGCUCAGCUGCAGGAGCUGGACGCACACAUCGUUGUCAAGGGCCCCGAUGACAACAAAGAUGCCCCGAAGUCUCCGGACGCGCUCAACCGGACGUCGACCAACCAGCGGCGCAUCGCAGCUCUGGAGCGCCAGCUAAACAUCGAGCUCAAAGUCAAACAGGGAGCCGAGAACAUGAUCCCAAUCUAUGCCAACGGAGUCACAAAGGACAAGAAGCUUCUCCAGGCGACUCAGCAGAUGCUGCAGGACAGCAAGACAAAGAUCGACAUCAUCCGCAUGCAGGUCCGGAAGGCCAUGCAAGCCACGGAGCAGUCCGAGGACAACCAAAGUAAGCAUGACGGGGUGGAGCUGCGCGUGGAGGAGCUGUGGCAUCACUACCGCGUGGAGCACGCCAUGGCCGAGGGAGCCAAGAACAUGCUGCGCCUGCUGGGAGCGGGGAAGGUCCAGGACAAGAAGGCCAUAGCUGAGGCUCAGUGUGGUCUGAGCGAGUCGUCGCAGCGCCUGGACCUGGUGCGGUGCUCUCUGGAGCAGCGCCUGCAGGAGCUGCCUGAGGAUCAUCCCAAGGCCUGCCUCAUCAAGGAGGAGCUGGUGCUCGCCUCCUCCUCUGCUUUCAGCGCCCGCCACAGCACCCCCUACGUCCACAACCAGUACAGCACCAUGAGCAAGCCUUCACCACUCACAGGUACUCUCCAGGUGCAUCUCCUGGGUUGUGUGGGCCUGCUGGAGGUGAUCCCGGGGCGGACCAAAGGGAGCCCGCUGGUUCUUCCCUCGUACUCUACGGGAGACGGACGCUCCUCCUUCAAACUGAGCGGCCUUUACAGCCGCAGCUCCAGCAGCAUGAGCCUGAAGAUCCCCAGCAAGAGCGAGGAGCUCUCCUCGGAGGUGAGCGCCGUGCUGAAGCUGGAGAACACGGUGGUGGGGCAGACGGUGUGGAGGACGGUCGGAGAGCAGGCCUGGGACCAGAGCUUCACUCUGGAGCUGGAGAGAUCCAGGGAGAUGGAGAUUGCAGUGUACUGGAGAGAUUACCGCUCCCUGUGCGCUCUGAAGUACCUGAAGCUGGAAGAGUUCCUGGACAACCAACGGCACCGAGUCCAGCUGGAGCUGGAGCCACAGGGGCUGCUGCUGGCCGAGGUGACUUUCUUUAACCCGGUAAUAGAGAGAGGCCGAAAACUCCAGAGGCAGAAGAAAGUCUUCUCUAAACAGCACGGGAAAGCCUUCGUGCGUGCUCGUCAGAUGAAUGUGGACAUCGCUACCUGGGUCCGCCUGCUCAGGAACGCCAUCCCCAGCGGCAGCAACACGCCGGCCUACACUCCCAGCUUCACAAGCAGCACGCUCACACACAGCGCGGGAGAAAUCUCGGUGGAGAAGUUGAAUCUGGGCAGCGACUCUCCCCCCAAAGCUGAUAUCCGGAGAGAUGUGGUGGACGCAGCGGCUUCCUUGGAACAGAUGGCGGUCAUUGACCCCCCGUCCACGCCGGACGCCGCUCUUCACCAGCAGCCAACCAGAUCGCUGUCCCAGAACUCUAUACGCAGACCGAGCAGAGGCCCUCUCUGCCUUCAGGACUUCAAGCUGAUAGCAGUGCUUGGCAGAGGCCACUUUGGGAAGGUGUUGCUGUCAGAGUACAAAAGGACAGCCAGCCUGUACGCCAUCAAAGCCCUGAAGAAGGGAGACAUCGUAGCGAGGGAUGAAGUGGAAAGUCUGAUGUGUGAGAAGCGGAUCUUUGAGGCUGUCAACGGCUCCCACCACCCCUUCCUGGUCAACCUGUUUGCAUGUUUCCAGACGCCAGAACAUGUGUGUUUUGUCAUGGAGUACACGGCGGGAGGAGAUCUCAUGAUGCACAUACAUGCCGACGUCUUUUCUGAGCCACGUGCUGUCUUCUACUCAGCUUGUGUGGUCCUGGGUCUGCAGUUCCUUCAUGACCAUAAGAUUGUGUAUCGGGAUCUUAAAUUGGACAACCUGCUGCUCGACACAGAGGGUUUUGUGAAGAUAGCAGACUUUGGGCUCUGUAAAGAAGGCAUGGGUUAUGGGGACCGGACCAGCACAUUCUGUGGGACCCCGGAGUUUCUGGCCCCUGAGGUGCUGACAGACACAUCGUACACACGGGCAGUCGACUGGUGGGGGCUCGGGGUGCUCGUCUAUGAGAUGUUGGUCGGGGAGUCUCCGUUCCCAGGUGACGAUGAGGAGGAGGUUUUCGACAGCAUCGUGAACGAUGAAGUGCGCUACCCUCGCUUCCUCUCCACCGAAGCCAUCGGCAUAAUGAGACGGUUGUUGAGGAGGAAUCCCGAAAGACGACUGGGCUCUGGAGAAAAGGAUGCUGAAGAUGUCAAAAAACAACCGUUUUUCAGGGACAUGGACUGGGAGGCUCUUCUUCAGAGGAAGGUCCCGCCCCCAUUCGUCCCGACCAUCGGAGGAAAAGAAGACGUCAGCAACUUUGACGUGGAGUUCACGGCCGAGGCUCCCGCCCUGACACCGCCCCGCGAGCGCCGCACUCUCUCCCGCAAGGAACAGGAUUACUUCAAGGAUUUUGACUACGUCUCAGACCUCUGUUAGAGUCCCAUGGGUCACAGGGUGAUCAGCUGCCCACUGCCAGCCGCAGACUCUGAGAGGAGACUGAGAAGCGAAAGGCCCUGCACCGGGAGAGAGGAACUUGCUGGUGAUGAGAGGCGAGGAUCACUCUUAACUGUUCUUUUUUUCUCUCCGUCUGUUUGUUUGUUUGCGAUGGGAGGAAGAACUGGCCGGGGCCGGGCGUGUGUGUAAAUGGGUAUCAGUGGAGUCUGAAAUCGCGUGUUGCACACACCACACAUGCAAA